AAGGGGCUUACGGCGGCAGAGAUGCGCGCUGCUGCUAGUCCAUUCAUUACCGACGUUGCAGACUGGCGAUCGCAACCUCUGCACAGACUCAUCAUCCUGCCCAACCUUGUGUUCGAGGAGCAGCGAGUUUGUGCCAUCUGGACAUGCCCCGGCAUGCUGAAACGCGCAGAAGCUGCCCGGAACAAGGUGGUGAAGCUGGCCAUAGACGGCAAGCAGAAACUUGCUCUGGUGAACUCGGAGGCAGAGGCAAACGUCACCCAGUUCUUUUCCACGGCCUGCGAGAUCGCAUCGCAGUGCUGCAAGCUCGACCUGAAAACCCAGGUCUGGCAAGUCCACAAGGACUUUGCAAAGGGCAUAGAGGCCGCCCGGCGCAAAGUGUUCCCUUUUGCACGCCCAUGUGAUGACUAUCCGCACAUGCGGCGGGCGUCCUACAAUGUGCUGAAGCAGAAGAUGGGAGUGCCCUCUGCGCGCAGGCAAAAAGGUGGCAGGAAAGACAAGACGGCAACACCGUUCGACGAACUGGAUGACGUCAUCCGCAUCAGCCGCGUCUUGCCAACCAUCAUCCUGUUUGAUGCUGUCUGGCAUGUGACGUUUGCUUGGCUACAGAAAGUCAGCAAGCAGGCGUGUGACUACCUAAAAUCCACCUACUUCAACCUUGUGGAAAGGGCCAGCCUGGAAAAGCAAUUUUGGUGCGGAACCCCAGUGUUUCACUCCACUUGCUGCUGGUUUGCAGGCUUCUGGGCUGGUGUGACCGGAACAUAUCCUGGCAGCGGAUCCGGCACGCAACCUUUAGAAUCUUUCCAUGCUUACUGGCAAGACGCAGUGCGCGCCAGCGUUCGCUCAGACCCACGAGCAAUAUUCAGCCGCAUGGAAAGGCUGUAUGAGGAAGACUGGGCAACGAAGUUUGCUUGGCAAGAUGCGCGUGUCUUCCAGACAUG